UUUCUUCAGUUCGCUGUUUUUGAACUUGUGAACUUUGGAGUGAGUGAGUUUUCGUCGCGUUGGGAAUAUAAUAUUUCGUAUGCCGAUUUGAGCGAGAUUUGCGCAUAACCGUAAGCAAUAAUGCAAUAUACGUAAUGCUUUAUGAUAUAUAAUGAUGACCAGAGAAAUAAAAAAUUGUAUUGAUGGCCUCAAUUAGUAUUCAGUGUUUUCGUACUGUUUAGACAGCACUGUCAAAGACUUUUAUUUUGUCACCCACUUCCGCAGCUUCCUACGGACAUUAUUAAUUUUCAAUAUAAAUAAAUAGCCAUGUCUGAGUUAAUCAAAUACCAGAUCGCGGAGGGUUCCUUUACUUGUUAAAUGUUUUACUGUAGAUUUGAUUGGCGUGGUUAAGUCGAAUUCACCUCAGCUUCGUCCUGGUUGAUGAACAAGUCUAUCCUUCCGAAUUUCUUUUCCUUUUGGCCGUUUCCUGAUUUCUGACGUGGAUUUUUUCUGUUCGCCUGGAAUCGGAGUUCUGGGAUUUCCGAGAUUUCUGCUAAUAAUUUGAUCUGUUGCUUCGUUGUCGUUACCCUGUUGGGAUUCGGGUUCUUCCAGGUCUAGAUUCUUUUGCGUUUUCAUAGCUGAAACUUGUCGGUGGGAUUCAGCUUUCUUUUCUACUCAGGGAUUGAAAACGCAAAUCAAUCGUGAAUUUAGUCUGCUGUUCAACAGAGGAACCGACAUAUAGUCACGGUGCUCUCUCGUUACAUUUCUCUUCCACAGCAUUUUGGAAAUUUCGUUGAUCUAUUGUGAAAGACGAUAUCAAUAGGUUUAAUAAGCUCAGGAAAGAAAGGUCUUAUUUUUAAAAAAUGGCGUCAAGAUUCACGCCUGGUGAGGAUACUGAUGAUAAAGAUAGUAUCUGGGUUUUGGAUCAGGAACUCGACCAGCCAAUGGAUGAGGAGGCUAAGCGGCUAAAAAAUACGUUUCAGGAAAAGGAUCAAUCUAUAUUUUUAAUCCUACAACUUGCAUUCCAAAGCCUUGGAAUAGUCUACGGAGAUUUAGGUACUUCCCCUUUGUAUGUCUUCUACAACACAUUCCCUGACGGAGUUGAAGAUACAGAGGACUUGAUAGGGGCAUUGUCAUUGAUUAUAUACUCUCUAACCCUCAUUCCCCUUAUAAAGUAUGUAUUCAUUGUCUGCAAGGCAAAUGACAAUGGUCAAGGUGGAACAUUUGCUUUAUAUUCAUUACUAUGCCGUCAUGCAAAAAUAUUAACUAUUCCUAACCAUGAUCAUACUGAUGAGAAGCUUACAACUUAUAGUCGUUCUACGUACCGCGAACAAUCAUUUGCUGCAAAGACUAAGAGAUGGCUAGAAGGACAUCAUUUUAAGAAAAACAUGCUUAUUGUUCUCGUUCUUGUUGGCUCUUGUAUGGUGAUUGGGGAUGGAAUUUUAACACCUGCUAUCUCAGUUCUUUCUGCUGUUGGGGGGAUCAACGUUGGUCGUGCAAAGAUAAGUAACGAUGUAGCUGUUCUUGUUGCUAUUGCCAUACUUAUUGUCUUGUUUAGCAUGCAACGUUAUGGUUCGGAUAAAGUUGGUUGGCUUUUUGCCCCAGUAGUUUUUGUGUGGUUCAUCUUAAUAGGAGGCAUCGGAAUAUUUAACAUCUGGAAAUAUGAUAACAGUGUCCUCAGAGCUUUCUCUCCUGUAUAUAUAUAUUGGUAUUUCAAAAGGGGAGGGAAAGCUGGAUGGACAUCCCUUGGAGGGAUCAUGCUUAGCAUAACAGGAACGGAAGCACUUUUUGCAGACCUAUCCCAUUUUCCUGUUUCCUCCAUACAAAUUGCUUUCACAGUAGUUGUAUUUCCUUGCCUUCUUUUAGCCUACUCUGGACAAGCUGCCUAUCUUAUGAAAAACCCAGAUUACGUUGUCGGUGCCUUCUAUCAUUCAAUUCCAGACAAUAUAUAUUGGCCAGUAUUUGUUGUUGCAACUGCCGCGGCUGUUGUUGCAAGCCAAGCCACCAUAUCUGCAACCUUUUCAUUAGUCAAGCAAGCGCUUGCACUCGGUUGCUUUCCAAGAGUUAAAGUUGUUCAUACUUCUAAGAAGUUCCGCAAUCAGAUAUACAUUCCUGAUAUUAAUUGGAUCCUGAUGGUCCUUUGCAUUGCCGUGACAGCUGGAUUCAAAAAUCAAAGCCAAAUUGGAAACGCUUCUGGGACAGCAGUGAUAAUAGUGAUGUUGGUGACCACAUUUCUCAUGACUUUGAUAAUGAUAUUAGUGUGGCGCUGCCACUGGACUCUAGUCCUGCUCUUCACUUGCUUAUCACUGAUAGUGGAGGGUACCUACUUCUCCUCAGUUGUCCAGAAGGUUUAUCAAGGUGGAUGGGUUCCAUUGGUCAUAGCAGCAGCAUUUUUCAUCAUCAUGUACGUUUGGCAUUAUGGUACAGCUAAACGUUAUGAGAUUGAGAUGCACAGUAAGGUUUCAAUGGCAUGGAUUCUUGGCCUUGGCCCAAGUUUAGGGCUUGUAAGGGUGCCUGGGAUAGGGCUUGUGUACACAGAACUAGCAAGUGGAGUCCCCCAUAUCUUUUCUCACUUCAUCACAAACUUGCCUGCCAUUCAUUCUGUUGUGGUUUUUGUCUGCUUGAAGUGUCUGCCUGUCUGCACAGUCCCGGAAGAGGAGAGAUUUCUGGUAAAGCGUAUUGGACCGAGGAAUUUCCGCAUGUUUCGCUGUGUAGCUAGAUAUGGUUACAAAGACCUCCACAAGAGAGAUGAUGAUUUUGAGAAGAAACUAUUUGAUAGCCUCUUCUUGUUUGUUCGACUCGAGUCCCUACUGGAUGCUGGGUCUUCGGAAUCGGAUGUGUCUAGCUUACUCGAUCAGCAAACUGAAGCAACUAUAGAUUUCCAGCCGGAAAAGCCUAAUUCAAAUAGAUCCUCCGUGGAAUUGACAGACCUUCCAACGGCAGACUCGAUCCAGCUUGCCAAUUCUCCAUUGCAGCAGAACCAUACCAUCAUAUCACCCAGUCAAGAAAACAUUCAGACUGAGACGGAUGAGUUAGAAUUCUUGGUUAGCUGUAAAAACGUUGGAGUUGUACACAUUCUUGGAAAUACAGUAAUGAGAGCUAGGAGGGACUCCAGUUUCUACAAAAAGGUAGCCAUUGAUUAUAUAUAUGCAUUUCUUAGGAAGAUCUGCAGGGAGAACAGCGUAAUGUUCAAUGUUCCCCAUGAGAGUUUGCUUAAUGUUGGGCAAACAUUCUAUAUAUAACUGUUUAGCAUCUGUAAGAAAUGUUGAUCUAAUUGAUUCCUUGCACUCUUAAAGUUAAAGAGUUUAUCCAUCAAGAUUACUUCAAGGCA